UUCUUAUUUUAAAAGGGCGUGCAGACAGCCACAGAUGAUCAUUCUGCUCCUUGUCAGUGUGGGUAAAACAUCCCUCAGAGGUGGAGGCGGAAAUCGGCUGGAAAACUCUUUGAUUUGUAUUCCCACUUUUGCAGAAGCUUGCAGGAACCAGAAGGGAAAACACAUUUUUCCUCCUGGAUAUAGUUUAUUUGAAAUUCUUGGUGUGGAUUUUGACGCACCAAAUGCGGUGAUAGGCUGUUUCCACCUUGCCGCUCAGAGCACCUGGACGCUGCACACCUGAUGUUUGGACUUUUACUGAAUAAAGGAUUCAGCGGAUAAUCAGGGAGUCUGAGAAGAAGAAGAAGCGCACCCAUGAUGUUGCUGCGCGUGCCCUUCUUGCUGGUUCCACUGCUGAGUAUCACCGGCUGCGGCGCGUCCUACGUGCCGUGCGAGCCUUGCGAGCAGAAAGCCCUGUCCAUGUGCCCUCCGGUGCCGGUGGGCUGCCAGUUGGUAAAAGAGCCUGGCUGCGGCUGCUGCCUGACGUGCGCGCUAGAAGAGGGCCAGUCGUGCGGUGUGUACAGCGGGCCGUGCGCGCGCGGGCUCCGCUGCCUGCCCAAGAACGGCGAGGAGAAGCCUCUGCACGCGCUCCUGCACGGCCGGGGGGUGUGCAGGAACGAGAAGGUGUACAGGCUGCUGCAUCCACCGAAAGAGCCAAUACAAACCAGGGUGCCCUUACAUAUAGGUCACGUCAGCAAACUCAAGGACCUGGCAAUGAGGCAAGCCAAGGAUCGCAUGAACCAUUUGGCCAGACUGAGACCCACUGGUAACCUAGAGCUCUCGCCAACCAGCCCCUACAAACUGGAGCCAGAGUUUGGACCCUGCAAGAGAAAACUAGAUAGUGUAAUUCAUGACAUGAAGGACUCUUCUCGGGUGUUGGCAGUGUCUUUGUACUUACCCAACUGUGACAGAAAGGGCUUCUUCAAGCGUAAACAGUGUAAGCCAUCUCGUGGUCGGAAACGUGGUAUUUGCUGGUGCGUGGACCGCUUCGGGGAUAAAGUCCCCAGCAUCAACUACGCCGGUGGAGGACUGCAAUGUAAAGAUCUGGACGGUGGCAACAACAGCAACGAAUGAGUGUGAACGAGUUUCCUCUUAAAUCCUGCCAAACAAGCGAGAACUCUUAAUGGCUGACAAUCAGGAGCAUAAAGCACAAACACUUUUUAUAUGUGGUAGAGUGUGAUGGACCGCGCUGUUCAUUGUGAAGUGGAGCCAAACAGAAAAGGUUGCUUCAGUGAAAAUUUACGCCUGUGGCAUUCCACUGUCAAUAUGAGUUUAGCAACCCCAGUUUUCUGCUAAAUUCACUUCAAAAAGUCAUUGAAAGACACAUUUUCACAAUGGCACACAGUUUUUGUGUAAAACAGGAAGUGGGGCCACAAAGAGACAGACAUUCAUAUAUACUGAGUCAAUUUAGUCUAAACUGGAGGUUUUUCUUAUUUACUAUUGUUAAAUUUUGGGAUUUUUUUUCCUAAGAAAAUUCCAGUUUCUAUCUUUGGGAAAAACUUAAAUAAUUUCAUGAUUUUGAAAAUAUUUCUUAACACUGACCUUGAAAAAUUGACUAAUUCCCAUCAAAUCUAGGUUCUCGUGCUAAUCUCUCAAUUUGAGUGCGUCGAGGUUCAAAGUCAUAUUUUUGAGCUCCAACUUCCCUCUUUCAACUUUUGUUCAGUACAGCAUUUUCCUUACAAGUUAUUGUAAGUUGAUAUUAACUUUGUGUGUUUGCCAGAAUGGCAAAUAAACUCAGGAGAACAGAUAAGAUAAGCUAACAAACAUUUCAAGCUGUCAAACAGGGAUUUCACAACCAAAGCUACACAACUAGGACCACGUGAAUGAAAAAAAAAAGUUAUAGAAUUGAAAAAACACAUUAAAGUGAUUAAAAUCAUUUC